AUCCCCGGAUGUAUGACGUCAUUGAAAAAGCUGUCGCCAUCAUUGAUCCUGAGUGCCCUUUAAAGCCUUAAUUUUAAUCAACCUCGGGCUCGGGAACAUCUAUUUUAGGGCAGUUCGUCCUAUGUACUGAAUAUGUACCUGUCUCAGCCAGGAGUAGCGGGAGGCCAGGCGGGGGCCGACCAGGAGGGUGCGCCCAGGCCCCCCAACCCCCAGCAUCAGGCCGCGUCCAAGCGGAUACAGCAGACACAGGCGCAAGUGGACGAGGUUGUGGAUAUCAUGCGCACAAAUGUGGAGAAAGUGCUGGAGAGAGAUCAGAAGCUGUCGGAACUGGAUGAUCGCGCAGAUGCCUUGCAACAAGGUGCUUCACAGUUUGAGCAGCAAGCUGGAAAGCUGAAGAGGAAGUUCUGGUGGAAAAACUGCAAGAUGUGGGCCAUCUUAAUCGGGGUCAUUGCAAUCAUAAUUAUUAUCAUUAUUGUUUGGGCUUCGACGGGCUAAAAGGGUGAAAGCGAGCGCAAGAGAUGAAUGAAGUCGACUCGAGGAAGGAGGAAGAGGCACGUUGCACAAAAGACGAGAGAAUGACAAAAUGUUUCGCCCGAUUAUUUUGUGCCGCUCUCCACCACACAAGACUGCAUCAGUUGGCAAGUGGGGGUCAUCAUCCUGCUCCCUUAGCAUCGCAGCAUCGUCAAACUGCUUGGGGACGAAACUAUUCUCCCCCAGCACGACGAGCUGUGGUGGCCAUCGCUGUGUAUUGUAUCAUUUGCUAUUGUUGUCUUUCUUGUACUUUUGUUGUGAUGUCAGAUUUUUUUUUUUCCCAGCUGGGUAUUGUUUUUUGAUGCUAGCUGUAUAGCGCUCCUUGUUACUUUAGGUCGAACGCUGAUCCGAUUGAAGAUGCGCUGCUCAUGUGUAUUUGAAGGAGCUUGAUCAUCCUUGUGCAAAUACUUUCUAGGGUAAUGUCCUGGAAAAAUGACAUUGAGUACUCCCUAAUGAAGUUUGGCUCCUGAACAAAUCUAUGCUUUUGCUUGGCAUUAAAUUGAGUCGUUGCCUUGUACAUCCGUGAACACACAGUAGUUGAUAUUGUUUGUUCAAAAUGGAGUGGCCACAAAUUCGAAGAGCGACCCCUGCUACAUUAGGCUCCAUAAAGCAGUCAGUUUUCAUUAGCCGAUAAUUUUUCACAAGCUAUUAUUGCUUACGAUAGGGCAUUUCAUGGGCAUUCGGAAUAAGGUUUCUGCAAUUGGCCCCUGGACUUCGAAUGGCAGAUGCUGAAGGUUCAACUGUUUUUGUGAGCAGAAAUGACACAAUUCGAAGUCUUCAAACAGUGGCAGGCAAUUUGUGUCAGCUUUUGUGUCAACCUUCCAUUGCCUCAAGAAGCAUGGAAGCGUUUUUGAAUGAGCGAGUCAUUGACACUGUGGUUGAACUUUGCUGCAUGCAUACAGAUUGAAAGUGUGCUGCUAGUAACAGACUGACAUGCUGAGGAUGACGGGUCAUGACGAAUGUUCUCUGAAAGCCAAUGUCUCCUCUUCAGGGUAAAGUGCUCUUGGAGUCCAGGUGCCACUUGCAGUUUGCUAAUGCUACAUUCGCUAAAGCCAUAUGGCUAAUACGUUAGUGCAAGGUAUAGAGCGUGGCCUUGUGUUUUAUCACUGUUGUGGCGCGAACAUAUCUACAAACAUGGGCCUUCAUAAGGCCAAGACCAUGUGACCUCUUGAGAACUUGCGUAGUUGCCCGCUUUUACUUAGCUUCACCUCGCAGUGGGGAUGUCUGUUGUUGAGCAAAGGGGCACUUGGUGGGGAUUGCUUCCUAGUCGCUCGUUUUUGUGUUGUUGCUUUGUUUUUCUUCGAUAUUCUUGUUUCUGUUGCAGUUUAUGCAUCCACCUCAACCUCGUCGACAAAGACCAAGUGAACAUCCUUCCUUUCGCCUUGGCUCUCGAGGCUUCAGUGCACUUUUUUUUUUUGUCUAACUUCGCCAGUGCGAGAGAAGUGUGCAGCUGAUCUUUCUUAAGCUGUCAGUUUGCUGUCAGCGGUUGAAAGGAAUCGUGGAGGGCUCCUUCUGUGACUUACCGGCUUUCAGCAUUGUUUCUUUUUCCCACCCGCUUGCACUGCUUGUCUUGUAAUUAAAAAGGGAUGGCUGCAGUGCCGGUCUUUGUUAAUGCUAUCUAUAUAGGUACCAUCGUUGUAAAUGCGCGAUAUUCAAAUUGAGCUCUCGUACUGCUGCUGUUGUUUCGGGGCUUAGUGUGAAUUUGGUGUAUAUUAUUGUUGACGCGGGGAACCGAAAUUGAGUUUUUCUCUCUCUCUGCUUAUGACGAAUUGCGUGUGUGUGCUGUAUGUGUGCAUGUGCAUGCAGGUGUGUGCGUGUGCGUGAGCCACUGGAUGAUUUAGCAUGUUUAUUCUUCAGCAAAUUGUAUGUAUUCAGAAGACUGCCAGCGUUGUAACGCUGUGACCUCACCUUCCUGUGUGUUGCAUGUACAUAAAUAAUGUAGUUACAAGUGUCGCUAGGAGAGGAGCAGCAGCGUUCACACCAUCCCAGUGAAGCAUGGUACUUCGAGAGUAACGGCGGAUUGCCACAUCUUGGAGGUCAUAUCGGCGAGGUCCAACUGGGGUUCUGUGACGUGGCGUACCGUUUCGCCGGGUGCAAAACAAAAGUUUUAAGGUAGCGUUAUGCAUGCUUCCCUGGGUUUAAUGUAGUUGUGUGCUUUGUGGCGCGCAGCUCAUUGUUUGGUGUGAACGCGGCUUCAGUGAAAGUGGCGUUUUCUCUGCCCACCCCAAAAGAACUGGCGAGGUUUAACAUGUGCACGUUACUCUCUUCGCAGUUGAGUGCAACAGUAUACAACCUAAUGUCCCAUUCUAGUAGAGUUGGUAAUUCCGAAUCUGCUGGGUGCAUUGUGCCUUUUGAUGCUGUGUGAAAUGUGUGCAUAUGUAGCUUAAGCGGGCAUUACGGGCAAUGCGAACGAGAGUGAAGAGUUCAAAAUACCAGUGACUGACACUAAAUUGAAUUCCUAGAUGCGGACUAUCCCGUCGUGUGUUAGGUGGCUAUACUGGUGCACUCGGCUGCGUACACGUGCUUUUUAGCUGGCAUUCCACGCUUUGGUAAUUGACACUUUGCGAAAAAUCUGAGUUGGCUUUUUUCGCAAGAAUGUUUUCCAACCAAAAACUCUCGUUCACAGAAUGCUCUUCUCGCUCUAAGCGCGUUUACCCCUCCACAUUCCAGGGUAGGUCCCCACGUACCACUGCGGCCUUUAAAAAAUUACUGCGCAAAUGUCACAACUUGUAGUAAAAUCUGUAGUGUGCAGAGAGAAGAAACGAAAGGCAGGGAGUGUCGAGUGGGAAAAGUAAUUAUGCUAGUCUGUGAUCAAGGCUACUUGGUUGGAAAAUAUAUUUGCUCACGCAUGCGCAGUAACGUUUUUGCAAAGUGUCAAUUGCGUCUUCUUUUUAUUUCGCUCGUUUCAGUGGGCACGGAAGAGUAAAAACGGGCGAGUACUAUUGUAACAUCCCUUGUCAUAAGGAGUGAACACAUAGCACGACGUUUGGCUUAGACACACAGUAGUGUAAUGCUUGUAGAAUGGUUGACUUUGUGAGCAUCAAGUGUCCACACCCGUAAGAUCCCAUAGUCGGACGUUGACAAAGCAGCCCUUUGUUGACAUAUGCAGCUGCAGCCACAUAUUUGUGAUGCACACUUUCGUCAUCAUGUUUAUGGCUGUUGGUUUACUGCUCCUUGCAGCAGCAUUAUGGGCUAGUGCUGCAUCAACUCGUGCAACCAUCUUGCUAGUGUCACCUAGCUUGGCGACGCGUGCCCAACAGUUCAAGCCGUACUGCGGCUCUUAUGAAUAAGGUGUUACAUUGGCUGCGCUGUAAAUGUCACGCACGACGUUAACCGAUAUUUCUUAGAACGCUGUGCGCGAGGUAUUUGUGCGCAGUGUUGUAAACGAAGGAAGUGUCUGAACGAAUGCUGCGUGCAUACGACUGUUAGUCGUGAAAUAGAAUUGCACAUUAGCGGGUGUAACAUAUUUAGACGUAACUUUUUCGCAGCGGUUGUAGAACUCGCCGGUCACGUGGUAUGGGUGUGCAUACCCGAGAAACUGAACCGCUGCGCAUCCAGUUGCUGUGAGGGUAGCUGCUUCAACCCCCCCUCCCCCCUCCAUUUUUUUCUUUAAACUUGGUGUGUUUGUGUCAGCCGUGGGGGAUUUGCACUGUUUCUAAGUGCAUUUUUCGCCUGACGAGGAGCUUAAGAACUACACGUGUCUAGGGUAAACUCGUGCUCCCUUAACCAUUCCAGUCCACACCUUCCCCCCACAACUUUGCUCGAAUCUAUGGAUUAGCCUGACUGGUGUGAAUGUGUUUUGUGUGCGUACCUCGCUUCUCUCUCUCCGCUUGUCAUUUUGGAGUCUUCUUCGGCACGAUUAAAAAAAAAAAAAGGCUGACAGCCGCUGUAUAGCUGCAUAUGCUAACUGCAAUUACAAACAACUAUUCAUGUAAAUGUGUAUAAACAUAGAGGCAUAUAUGCAGCGCACGUGUGCGUGUGUGUGUAAACGCGUAUCUCGCUGUCUUUUCGAGGUCAAAAUGAUUUUGUGGGGUUACUGAAACCAUACAGUUGGUUGGUGUCGAAGCUCCUUGUUUUUUCACACUUUUGUGAAACACCAUGUUGUACCACUCUGUUACAAGUGUCGUUCUUUGUUUGUGUGAGCUCGUUUUUUUUUCUUUUCCUGACGAAUGUGAGAGUUGGUGCGUGGUGUUACGAUGACGUUAAUUAUUUAAAAAUAUUGCGAGGAUAGUCUUGGGAGAGAAUAAUAAAAGCACUAGCCUUUGAAUCAUU